GAUGCCUGGUGUCCUUGGUAAAGCCAGUUCCGGUUCAGCGGUGGGCCAUGUAUAAGCAUGUCCGGGUCACAGCGGAAGUGCUGAUCCGCGGGCGGGCAGCGGAGGAGAAUCACUGCCCCGGAGACCAAGCAGCAGAAGUGGUGAAGUCUGGAAGAUGUCCAAUCUAAACUGGAAACCUUUUGUCUAUGGCGGCCUGGCCUCUGUCACUGCUGAGUUUGGAACUUUUCCAAUUGACCUCACAAAAACUCGCCUGCAAGUCCAGGGCCAGCUUAUUGACUCUCAUUACAAGGAGGUUAAGUACAGGGGAAUGUUGCAUGCCUUACUCAAGAUAUGCAAAGAGGAAGGAUUGCGGGCUCUUUAUUCUGGCAUUAGUCCAGCCUUGUUGCGCCAGGCAUCCUAUGGCACCAUCAAGAUUGGAACUUACCAAACUUUGAAACGCUUGUUUGUAAGCUGUCCACAAGAUGAAACACUUCUUGUAAAUAUUCUGUGUGGGAUUCUUGCUGGAGUAGUUUCAUCCUCAAUUGCCAACCCUACAGACGUUCUAAAGAUUCGGAUGCAGGCUCAAAGUGGCCUGUGUCAGGGGAGUAUGAUCGGUAACUUCAUUAAUAUCUACCAGGAGGAGGGCACCAGAGGUUUAUGGAGGGGAGUGAGCCUCACUGCUCAACGAGCGGCCAUUGUAGUGGGUGUGGAGCUGCCAGUCUAUGAUAUCACCAAAAAACAUAUUAUCAUCUCCGGACUCAUGGGAGACACGGUCUACACACAUUUCCUAUCAAGCUUUACCUGUGGCUUGGCUGGUGCCUUGGCUUCCAAUCCUGUUGAUGUGGUGCGGACUCGCAUGAUGAACCAGAAAGUGCUGUCGGGGAGCCACGUCAUUUACAAGGGGACCCUGGAUGGAAUUCUACAAACCUGGAAGACUGAAGGCUUCUUUGCUCUGUACAAAGGCUUCUGGCCAAACUGGUUACGGCUGGGGCCUUGGAACAUCAUUUUCUUCAUUACAUAUGAACAGCUCAGAAAGAUCCCUGUCUAACACAACGUAAAUCACCACAAAACUAUAUUUGAUGCUUGCACUGCUGCCUGGCAUAUGUUUUUUGACAGGAGGGAAGCCUUCACUCUGUUGCCUUUUCUUCCACCCUUGACCUAGGGUGGUGCAUGAAUGUUACUGCACUCGACUUCAAAUGCAGUGUGUGAAAAAGAUUCACAUACAGUGAUCAAUGUCUCAUUUUCUGGAAACUAUGGAGAAGAUCAGAUGACUUUUGCAGCUCCAGUUGAUGAUGGUCAUACUGUCCAAUAGAAAACAACUUAGCAAAAGCAGGUGGGGGGCACCGCCCAGCUGUGAAUAUCAGGUUUCACACAAACACACAAAGCUGGGGAUAUGGUUGUGGAGGGUACUUACAAAAAGCCCUUUUGCACUUAAAGCUAAACUUGUGUCGGGGCUGUGUGCACUUGAUCUCUGUGGAUUUCAUAAGUAUGUCCCUGACUGCUGAUCCACAUAGCUUAUUUUCUAUGUUCUCAUUAAUGUGUGUACACCUUAAGAUCCUAAUUCUUGAUUCAGGAUUUAUCCAUCAAUGAAACAAAAGCUCUGAGAACAUUGGUGCCUGCACCUCCACACACAGUGCAAACCAGACAGAGUUGUGCGGACUAGAGGGUUGGUUUCUGGGGCUCAGAUCCCUCAGCCUCAUCCUGCACAAUGUAGAGGGUAGGAUAUCUAGGGCUUGGGCUUUCGACCUCAUUACACACAACGCAGAGAGUAGGUUUCAGAAGCUGAAAUCCUCGGUCACAUUCCACACAUUGUUGACAUGCCAAAUUAACCAAACACAGAAUCUAUGUUCUUUCUACUUUGUGCCAGUACUUGAGACUUUAUAGAAGUUGAGACCAAAGUCUUUUGAAGGAAGCACAUUUGAAGUGCAUUGCAUAACUGGUGUCUUGUCAUAUUUUGGGUCAGCUUCUGUUAGAUACAGUUGUCAUACAGCUCGCAUCACUAAGCUGCUUUGCAGAAUUUCAAGUUUAAAGAUUCCUUUAAAAGAAUCUAUCAAAUUUGCACCAAAGCUUCAGUUGUGAAUCUGCUUUUCUUGAAUAUUUAAUCUUGAGGCUGGCUUUGCCUGUCUUUGAACUGGAAUGAACAGUUCAUAGCCAUAAGUACAAGUAGGCUUGUAACCUUGCUCCCUCACUCAAUUGAUAAUGCUGGAUUUUUUUUUCAAAUUGGUGAGCACUUCAUACUCUGCACCAGAGCAGCAUUGCAAUAAGAAAUGGAGCAGCAGUGAGUGCAAGUGCUUUCCCACAUGAACAUCUUUAUUUUUCCUGCUCUACAUCUUUUAGUUGUAUUGCUGGUUACACAACAGUGGUGGAGGGUCUAACAGGAGCUCCAAUCACAGCGCCUCUGCUCACAUUGCAGUGAGAAUGUGACUAGGAAUUGUUUACAAAUUCUUGUGGUCAUUAUUUUAUGCUGCCUGUUGCAGAAAAGUAGAGUUUCCCUUUGGUGACUGUCUCCAUUUCAGAUCUCAGCAACAUUUCAGUAUUAAAAUUGAAUGUAAAAAAGUUAAUCAAAAACUUGAGAUUCUCAAGUUGUUAAGUUUUUAACCUGUUAAUGACUGAGCCUGAGACAGUCCACAAACAUUCAUGGUUAUUCAUUUAUUUCUGAGGUUUAAUAUGAGAGCUAUACUAUCAGGCAUUGAGCCUCCGAAAUGGCUACGUCUGUUUAUUCUGACCACUGCAUGCCAGUGACGUUGCUUGGACCUGCCCUUGGGCACUGUGACCCCCAGUCAGAUUGGUUACAGUCCAAGAGUCUUAAGGGAGCUAAUAGGGCAUAAGUUAUUGCAAUGUUAUUCAGGUCAAUCUUAUUCGUGUUAAGCACAAUAUGGGAGAAUGGGAAAUCCUAGAUACAGCGUGUAGAUUGAAUUGUCAGAUUUAGUUUUGAAAUGCGAGGAACAAAUGUUUCUCAGUAUUUAUUGCAUUUGAGACUGAAAGCUGGAGCUGCCCAGUCAUUGGGUGCUGGACCGAAUGAGCACUGGUCAAACUCAUCAAUACAGCACUUAUGAUAAAAUAAUCCUAUUCUAGAAAUAGUUACAAUGUAUGGGUGCCUAUUUAAUCUGCCAAUAUUUGUAAUAUUUAUGUGCUGGUAGUUUGUCAAGGCUUUGUGGGGUUUGGAAUGAACAUACAAAUGGAUUCGCAAAGGUCAAUCUGUACAACUUGUCUUUGUGUAAUAAUAUAAAAAUGAUGAACACACAAUGCUUCUCUACAUUAGUGAUUCAACUUAAACUAAUUUCUCAUGCCAUGAAUAUCAUUGUUAUUGUCUGUACUGGUUCCAGUCACCAGUGUGACUCCCUAUGCAACACCCCUUUUUCCUUCCUAUGCCCCUGCCUCUAGCUAAAGGAAUUGAAGACUUCUGAAAAUAACAGGAGUGUAAUGUUCCUUGAUUACCAAGACCAAACUAACCAAUUGUUUCUUAUGAAAUCAAAGCUAAGUCAUCAACAUCUUAACAUCAUCACGCAUAAGUGUGUUAUGCUUUAUAAUAUAUUUAUAGUCAUUCUUCCAACUAAUUUCUCUGGAGAAUUGGUCAAAAGAUCCUAAAAUGUGGCUGCGGUGCUUGAGCUCUGCAUGGUUAAAGGAGAAGGAAGUCAUAAACACAACCAGCCAUAUCGUGAAAAUGCAUAUUUCUUCAUCAGUAACUGUUAAGACAACAGCAGCAGCAACAUUUCCAUGUCUGGGAUGUUGUCCAUCACUUCGUCUGGUGCUGAGUCUUAAUAUUUGAGCAAAAAUGUAUGGACCUCACUGGUCUCAAAUAGUGGUAUUGGUGGUUUCAACUGUUAAUGCACGGUUGCCCACUUAAUAAUUGCACACAACCAUUCAAUGUGGAAAAUAAAAAUAUUCAUUGUCCUA